GGCCGCGCACUCUUCAGUAUGAAGAUAGCAGUGCAAAACGAAAGUAGAAAAUGUUAUUUUUUUGUCAUCUAUUUAAUUGUAAACAUUUUGCCGUUUAGAUUGAGAAAUGAUGUAAUGCAGAAGUAGUGGAUGUUCAGGCUGGUGAAUAGUUUCCUUCCUAACACAAUAAGGAUGAAGCAAGUGCUUGUGUAUAAAGGUUUGGGGAUGUAUGAGAAAGACACGGCCAUUAUAGAGAGGGUAAUGAAUGAACAUGUGAACUGUGACCUCUACAAGGUGGACACUGUUUCACCAACAGAAAUUAUCAGAGGUAGACUAUCAGAAGGAACAGCUUUGUUAGCAAUAGGAGGGGGAUAUGACCUUGGCUUGAUUGAGGCUUUAGGUGUAGAGGGUAUGGCUAAUAUUAAAGAGUAUGUGAGCGCUGGAGGAAGUUAUCUUGGUAUUUGUGCCGGGGCAUACUUUGCUUGUGACAGUAUAGAGUUUGACCGAGGUGGACCACUAGAGGUUGUUGGAGAACGCUCGCUUAAAUUCUGUUCAGGGGUUGGUAUUGGACCUUUAUUCAAGCCCUAUGAUUAUAAAAGUAGGAAAGGUGCGUCUGCAGUAAAUAUUGAUUUUUUAUUGGACAAAACUGUAAAGUCUAAUGGAUUAUUUAAAGGUCAAAAAGAUCAAAUAGAAUCUCAAAAUGCACAAAAGGAAUCUCAAAUCUCUGUAAAUGGCAUGGAAUCUGGAAAAAAGACCUCGAAGGAAUCUCAAUUUAGGGAAUCUCUGGUUUCUAAUACCAUGUCUUCAUCUUUGAACACAAAAGUUUACUUUAAUGGUGGCUGCUAUUUCAAAAUGGAUGAAGAAAGAAGUUCAGAUGAAACCACAGUUUUGUCUAGGUAUUUAGACUUGCCGGACUCUUCUGCUGCCAUUGUUUGGUGUCAGGUUCAAGCUGGUAUUGCUGUACUCAGUGGAGCACACUUGGAGUAUGAUUCUGAAGACAUAGAUGAUGGGGAUGAAGAUGUUUUAGAUAUUAUACCCGUCCUCCGAGAAACUUCAAAGGACAGACGAUCAGUGAUAAAGUCUUUAUUACAGCAACUAAAUAUUACUGUUAAGUAAUUUAAUCACUUGUAGAACAAUACAAUCAGUUUAUAACAGUGACCAUCUUGGUUGAACGAAGGUUUAAAGUUAUUUAUAAAAGAAAGACCUUGUAAUAUAAUAGCAAUGUAUAUUCUGAAAAAAUGGUGGGAAUAACUCUUAUAUAAUGCUUUUUUGAUGAUAAAAAUUAAAUACACUCAUAUGAACAUCUUGAAACCAACAUGUCUUGAAACAUCAAAAUAUGAAAAAUUUUAAAUGUGUUCAAACCAUUUGAAUUUAUGUCAAAUGCUUUGCAUUUAUUUGCUAGUCUUAGAAUUUGUAAAUCUCUUACUGCUUUUGCAGUGUACAGUGUAUAUGCCCAGUAGACAAAACUAAAUCUUCAUAACAUGUUGCAUUUUACCUGAUUGAUUAUGCAUUAAAAUUAUUUAAGCAGACAUUUAGUUAAGCCAAUACAAGUUUUUAGUAGUGAUAAUGCUUAGAUUUUGAAAGUUUGAUUUUUAAGUUAAAGAUUUAUGACAAAGCUUACAAGAUAUGUUAAGAAGAUCUAUAUAUUAAGAAAGCAGCAUUGACUUAAUUCAAAGUUAAGUGUUACAGUAAUGUCAUUAACCCCUUUCAAAUGUGAUGACCAUCUGCCACUAAUAUGAAGCCAGGCCAAAAUGCAGUCUGUCCAGGCUUUAUACUUAAUUGGAAGUUCAAUUUCUGUAUUUUAAUAAUGAAAUUCCUUAAAAUUCAAAUGGAUUUUACAACUUAGCAGGUCAAAUCCAUUAUACAAGAAUCUAUCUCAUAAA